GAAUGGGUCACUGCAAUGAUGAUUUAUUAGUGUAUUUAGAGAAACUGAAGUUGAAUAUAUAUAGGUUCUAGAGAUCGGAGAGAAUGACAAAGCAACAAAGAUCAGAACAAUCUACAGAUGAUCCAACUACCGAUAGUAAAAGAUUCAAGUGGUCGCCUAAUUUGGCUCGUGGGCACCUGGAAAUUUGUGUGGAAGAGAAAAGAAAAGGGAAUUGGCAAAGUAAAUGCUUGACAGAAAUUGGUAGGAUGAAUCUUAGAGCUGAAUUUUUUAAAAGGUUUGGGUUAGACUGGAAAUAUGACAAUCGUCUAGACACUGUUAAAAGACAGCAUGAAUCAUACAAGCGGGUUAUACCUGAUUCCUCUGCAGUGAGAUUUUGUGAACAGACGGGAGCAAUCGAAAUGCCUUUUUCUUGGUGGGAGAACUUGAUCAAGGAAAAACCCGAAGCGAAAACUCUUCGUAACUAUCCUAUAAGAGAUAUUCCGCUCAUUGAACAACUUUUUUCUGAGGAGUCAAUUUCAGUUGGUGAUGAUGGAUGGCAACACCAUGAUGGAGCAAGUCAUUUGCCUUUCGAAGGAAAUUCUGUUGAAGAUAUUGAGCUUAACACCUCUCCCGAAGCUGAUUAGGAGGAGGAUUGGGAUGAUCAGAAGCAACCAAAAUUUAUUAAACAGUGAUUUUUCUA